AUGGCAUUAUAUCAAGGUUCUGUUUGCCCUAAGGUACUCAACAGAUUUCAAAAGUGGUCAUCAGACCAAUUAUUUGAAGUGAUUCACAUUUCACAAUUUAAGGAGCAAUUUGUUGUCAAUCUUGACAACAAAGACUGCAGUUGUAGAAGAUGGUUAAUCAGUGGCAUUCCUUGCACUCAUGCCAUCACUGCAAUGAAGUUCUUGAACUUAAAUGCAGAAGAAUACAUUGCCCAUUGGUUUAGGAAGUCUGCUUAUGAAGAGACUUAUAACAACAUCAUAUAUCCUAUCAACGGACAACAUGUGUGGGAGAUUACACCUUAUCCUGAUAUAUUAACUCCAAAGAAAAGGGCAAUGCCAGGAAGGCCCAAGAAAAAACGAAGACUACAACCUUGGGAGUUGAAGAAGAAUGACUCCGAAUUAAGAAAGGGUGAGAGAUAA